CUCACGAUGAGCAGGGCGCUCAGACUGCUGCUCGCGCUGUUCGUGGCCGUCGCUUCCGGCCUGCGCUUGCCGACGCGGCCGGUCGUGCUCUCCGGCGCUGCCGCUCGUCCCGCCGCUGCCUCGUCGCUCUUCGCCCCCGCGCAGCCUGCGGCCCGCGCCACUGCUCGGCGUGCGCCGGCGCCGGCGAUGGGCCUGUUUGGGAUGGGGGCGCCGGAGCUGGCGAUAAUAGCGGGCGUAGCGCUGCUGGUGCUUGGCCCGGACCAGGUCAAGAAGCUCGCCAAGGACGUGGGCAAGGUCUCGGCCGAGCUCAAGCAGGUGCCGGAGGAGUUCAACAAGGGGAUGGAGGUUGGCAAGUCGGAGCUGGAGGCCAAGAAGGCGACCACGGUCGAGGCGCCGACGGAGACGAACAAGGAGGAGGCCUAGGCCGCUGCGCGUCCCAUCGCCCCGCGGAUCCCAAGUGCCACCUUGUCACAUGUGUCGGAAGCGUGACGGAAACGGAGAGUACUGAGUAGUCCGAGCAUGUAC